AUGGAAGAACUACAGAAAGCGGGACUCUAUAUCGACGAAAUCUAUAGACUCCGUGUGCAGGAUCCAAGAAUAGCAAAUCAGACAAUUGAAUUGCGACAGGAAUGCCUGGAGUACUCGCGAAACCUACAGGAGCUCAAGAAAUUCGGCGAGGACUUCUAUAAGAUAUCCAACAAUUUCGCCAAGGAUGUGGAAAAGGAAAAGUUGCGUGCAAUUGGCACACAGAAUCAACUAAAGACGAUGGCCAAGCAGCGGCAGAGCGAACAGCAAGUCUAUCAGAGUCAGAUACUUGAGCAGACGGUCGAGUUGGAGCGUUUGAAGAGCGAAUAUCAGUACUUGCAACGCAUUGAGUCUGAACAACAGGAUAUCAUUAACAAUUUCCUAAUGAAUCAAUAA